AUGAUGAAGACAUUUAGUACUCAACUAGAUCAUCCACUGAUUGUUGAAGUAGUAUUCGAAAGUAAUGAAAAGAAAAUUAAUAGUAACACUUCCAAUACUUCUACUAACAAUAGCAGUAUUACAAGUACUAAAAGUACUGUUAGUAGUAAUAGUGGUAGUAGUACAUCAACCGAUAGUAGGGAAAAUAGUCUUUCGAAUAAUAAUACUACUGAAAAUAGUACGAAUCAAUCAAGUCAUCAUGAUGAAGCACCUGUUGUUUCUACUUCAAUUGAUUCGAAUUAUGAUGAACUUAUCGUGGGUUUGAAGAGUACUAGAGCUAGUGAAAUUCUCUCAGUACUAUUGAAUCAAUAUUCAGAGAUGAGUAUAAUUGGAGAAGGUGCUUUUGGAAAAGUUUUUAAAGCAACUCGAAAGUUGGACUCUAAAAUUGUAGCAAUCAAAGUUGUUCCAGUUACUUGUAUUGAGGGGACGAUGGAUUUUAAUGAAGGAACCAAGACAAUAGUGUUCAGUCACAAUUAUUCGAUCAAAGUUUAUGAAAUGUUUACAUUAUUUGAUGUAUUUUGUAUUGUAAUGGAAUAUAUGGAGCUAGGAAGCAUGAAAAAGGCCAUUAUUGAAAAAAAGAUACCUCUUUCCAAUGAAAUGAUAUUCCAAUGUAUUUAUCAGUUGUGUGCUGCUUUACAUUAUUUCAAUCAACAGAAAAGAGGAAUAAUUGUGCAUCGAGAUAUUAAACCUUUGAAUAUCCUACUAAGAAAGUUUGAUCCUAUUGGAAAUCGGAUUGAAAUUGUACUUGCGGAUUUUGGUGGAAGUACUGUUAUAUCAGAUAGUUUAACUUCUUUGAGUUUGGCUGGAACGGAACAAUACCUAGCACCUGAAAUACUUUCGUCUAAUGAGAGGGUUCUUCCCUAUUCUAUUAAGAGUGAUAUCUUUGCAAUUGGAGUAUCUGUUUAUCAGUUGUUAACCUUUGAUUUACGUUCUAGAUGUGCUAACAUUUCCAUGGAAGAAAUUGAAAACUCGUUGAAAUUAGCAAAAUGUGAUAGCUCCAUUAUUGACCUAUUGCUCAAAAUGUUGGCAAAGGAUCCUCUCUCAAGACCUUCCUACGAAAGCAUAUUAUCCAAUCCAUUAAUAAUGAAAAGCUCUGAUAGAGCAGAAACUUUUAUUGCUGAAAGUGAGAGAAAAGCUAUUCUUGCCAUGGAUUGUAAAAACUAUAAGGAAGCAUUUCAAUUAAUGUUUGAAAUUUUCACCACACAUAGAAACUUUGAUUUCAAUUCCAUGCAAAAUAUCAUUCACUUGUUGAAAUAUUAUUCAGACAAGAAGGAUCUCAAGAGAUUAUUAGACUGCUGCAAUUUUGAAAUGACAAACAAUAGCAAUUCAAAUGCCACUUUUCUGUUAGGAGCAAUGCAUGAACAUGGGUAUGGUGUGAAACAAAACUAUAGAAAUGCUAUUAAAUAUUAUUUGGAGAGUAAUACUCCGUGGGCUCUUAAUAGAUUAGGAUUAAUGUACGAAAAUGGUACUGGAGUUAAGAAAGAUGUUGAUAAAGCUUUUGAAUAUUUCCAGAAAUCAGCAAAAUUAGGAUUUCAUGAAAGUCAACUACAUGUUGCCUAUUUCUUUAAAAAUGGUUGUGGAAGUGUUGUAAAAAAUGAUGAUUCUGCAAAAUAUUGGUAUGAACAGAGUGCAUCUAAUGGAAAUAUGACAGCCAUGUGUGAUAUGGGAAGAAUUCAUUUGAUGGGCAUUGGAACUAAAGUGGAUAAAGAAUUGGCAUUCAAAUACUUUUCCAGGAGUGCUAGUGGUGGCAAUAUCAAUGCAAAUGCAUGGCUUGGAAUUAUGUAUGAAGAGGGAAAUUAUGUUCCACGUGAUUUAGCCAAAGCUUGUCACUACUAUGAAAAGGCAGCAGAUGCUGGAAUUCAAUCUGCCAUAUCAAAGAUUAGAAAAUUAGCUGAACAAGGAGAAAAAUCUGCAAAAGUUGCUGUGAAAAAGUACAAUGGAUUUUUCAGUAAAUUACUGAAUCCAUAA